GUUCGUGCGCGGCCACGUCAUGUAAACUAAACGGGAAGGAGUGCGUAACCAAAAUAGAAGAGCACUGAAACAGCAUUUCUGCGUUGUGGUCAAAGAUUCGUGUGUUGCACCUGCUCUUUUUGUAAAUUAGCAUCUGCGGAAAAACGACAGAGAAUCUCCAGGAUCUCCAGUCAUAUGGCAAGAUGUCGGAUAUCGGGGACUGGUUUAAAAACAUACCUUUCAUCACUCGAUACUGGUUUGCUGGCUCCAUUGCUGUGCCGCUAAUAGGGAAGCUGGGAUUAAUCGGUCCUAUGUACCUCGUAUUGUGGCCAGAAGCGUUCUUUCAUAAAUUUCAGAUAUGGAGACCGAUUACUGCAACGUUGUAUUUCCCAGUUGGUCCAGGCACAGGUUUUCUCUACUUGGUUAAUUUGUAUUUCCUCUACCAGUACUCAUCGAGGCUUGAAACGGGGGCUUUUGAUGGAAGACCUGCAGAUUACAUGUUCAUGCUUCUGUUCAACUGGAUUUGCAUUGUCAUAACAGGCUUAAUGAUGGACAUGCAGCUCCUGAUGAUCCCUUUGAUCAUGUCUGUUCUGUACGUCUGGGCUCAGCUGAAUCGUGACACAAUCGUAUCAUUCUGGUUCGGGACCAGAUUCAAGGCUUGUUAUCUCCCCUGGGUCAUCCUUGGAUUCAACUAUAUCAUCGGUGGCUCUGUUGUUAAUGAGCUGAUUGGAAAUUUGGUUGGCCAUCUGUACUUCUUUCUGAUGUUCAAAUAUCCCAUGGAUCUGGGCGGUCGCUCCUUCCUCUCCACCCCACAGUUCCUCUACCAGAUGUUUCCAAAUCGACGAGGUGGAGUGUCUGGAUUUGGGGUCCCCCCAAGCAGGAGACCCAUGCCUCAGGAGCAGGCUGGAGGAGGAGGAGGAGGAGGAGGAGGUGGAGGUGGUGGUGGACGCCAUAACUGGGGUCAAGGUUUUCGACUUGGUGACGACUGAAGCCUUUUGACUCUUGCAUCAGUGGAUAAAUACAGAAACUUCUAACAUCAAUGCUGCAAAAUAUGGAUUUUAUAUGUUUUGAGGGUUUGUUUGUGUUUGUUGCUUUUCUUCUGGAAAAGUGACGAGGGCUCUGUUCCAGCAUUUACACAUUUUCCUCUUAUUCUUGAUGUCAUAUCACACUGUUAUUAAGUUUCGCAGUGUGUACAGAAGCUCUGCAAAAAUAUGCGCUGUUGCAGAGUUGGUGUAGGUAGGAAAUUCAGGGGACUUUGAUCGUGUUUCCCAUAAUAUGACCGCAUCAACCUGAGUAGGUAAGCUUCAUUUCACUUGCUCACAGUCAGAUGUAGCUGAUCUAUUUCUUUAUGGCUCAGUGUAGAUCGUUUGUUGGCAUGGUUGUUUAGGACUUUGUUAUUGAUUUUCAAUCUAGUUUUUUUUUUUUUUUUUUUUUUUGCCUCAUUUGUCUAAAUUGAUAGGUUAAAUUUUAUGUCAUUUGUCUUAAGCAUUGCUUGUGCUUUAUAUUUGUGAAUUAACAAGGUUACCAAUCAGAACAUACAGAUGAAAUUGCUGUGCAUAUUUCAGUCUGUUUUAUACAUUUAGAUGCAUAGGUUUGUUUUAUACAUUUAGCUGCCAGGCUUGAUUUCAGUAAACUGCCAUGCACUUUUCACCUAUUAAUGAUGAUUAAGUUAACAAUUACCUUGUGUUACAUAAACAUGCAGUCAGUUUUCCCAAACCAGAAACUUAGGUUUUGUAAUUAUUUGUACACUGGUAGUUCUAUUUAUGGCCUUUCAGUGCUAUAAUAUCGUAAUAUGCACUGUGACACAUUAAUUUAAUAUUAUAUUACAUCCCUCAACACAUUGUUUUGAUAAAGGUGCUUUAUAAAAUCCAGAUACCUUUGUUCAUCUGCUAUGUAAUGGUGUGAAAGUCACAUCAAAGUUAAACAUGGUGACCUCUUGCCAAAAUCCUUGUUAAAUAAAGAUGAAUACUGUUUUAAUCCACAAGCUUUACUAAAAUGUUCAGUUUACAUUUAAUGACUGAUGCAACAAAUAAACCGCAGCUCAGUACUUUGAUUUCAGUGUCUUGAGGGACACACUCAGGAUCAAGGCGCCUUAAAGACAAAUUUAAUGUAAGAAAGUUAGCAGCUUGGAAUGAAUCUGAGCUUUGCAGUUUGCAUUUUGACUUUGACAGUGCUGUGUAAACAGUAAGACUCGGACCAGCCUUUCAAUCAGUUGUGUUUUAUUAAAUUACAGCAGACUGGUUCUUAUAAAGAGCAAGCAGGAUUCUUGGUAGCAGUACAGUAUUCCUGAUACAUGUCUGAACAUGACACUAAAGCAGCUGCAGGAAAAAGAAAUACACUUAAGCGAGCUGAAAGCAGUUCACAGCUGAGUAGUGAAAAUGGAACUACGCCUUGGAUACCAGGAAAAGCCAACAUGAUAAGGAUAAUUUUGCAGUUACUGUAAUAUUGCCAAACAUUAGCCUAGAACUACAAAUAAACAUGUGCUGUGCAUCA